AUGAUUCAUGGUUGUACAGCUUUCAUUCGUUCAUCAAAUCAAAUUCAGUACAACCAUAAAGAAUCCGCGAUUUCUUACGAAUACACUUUUACUGAUCUCCACACAGUAUGCACCGGAAAUGAACCGGAAAAUCCGAAGACCUGCAUGAAUCCUGAAUUUAAAAUCAACGCGUUACAGGCACAACGAAUUGAUCAGGCCUUAUGUUUAGGCUUCAUGCUUUCCAAUGCGGAAUUGUAUGCGCCUCUCAUGUCGCGAAUUGCCGUUACGUGGAGCCCCCAUCCAUGCAUUUCGCCAAAAAUAUCAUCAACCGAGAAAAGGAAGAAAGAUUUUCCGCUGGAUUUCUCUCAAAAGCGUUCAUUCAUUCAUCAAAUCAAAUUCAGUACAACCACAAAAGAAUCCGCGAUCUUUCACGAAUACGCUUCUACUGAUUUCCAUACAGUAUGUACCGAAAAGGAACCGAAAAAUCUGAAAAACUGCAUGAGCCCUGAAUUUGAAAUCAACGCGUUACAGGCACGAUGA